UUCAAACUGGCGCGAAACCUGUCCGGACCAAGUGCCAACCCCCAAAUAAACCAAGUGGAACAGAAAAAGGGCUAGUGAGUAAGCGAUUGAAUCCCUUCUUUCUUUGAAAAUGAAUGACCCAAGCACACAUAAUAGACCUCACGUGACGCGGAAUAGACGUAACACAUCUCGUGACUAUCAGUAUCAAGGUAGUCACUGCCGGCGUCACGUAAUCCUCGAUACGCUGGCUUCAUAAGCGCCGAACGGCACUAUUUUCAUCAUAUCUGUAGUACUAAAGGAUGGACCUGAUCAUCGUGCAGCUUCUGACCCUCCUCGGACUUCUGGUUACAUGUUUGACAUUCUCCUUGAUCCCACUGGCCCUGGCAUGGAGGGCAUCCAGGCCGUCGUCAAUAAACAACAGACUGGGCUCCCGUUUUCUUGGCAAGGUGAACAGCUUCGUGGGGGGAGUUUUCUUCGCAACGUGUUUUCUUCACUUGCUGCCAGAAGUGAGGAAGGACCUUGGGAACAACUUGCGUGGAUACGGGAUCGUUACGGCUUAUCCCGUAGCCGAACUGGUGACGUGUGUUGGGUUUUUCAUAGUUCAUCUGGUGGAAAGUUUGACACAUCUUUGUUUACCUCAUGACGAAAGUCCGUCCCGGGACCGACGAUCGUACAACACAGUCGAUGAGGAGGGCACAACUCGUCCAUUGAUAAGAGGUGAAUCCAAGGUGGACUACGGGGCAGUCAAUCCUUCGGCACAAGGGACAGGGCCAUCAGACAGUUCUGUGGAAGUAAUACGUGAUGACAGGGACGUGGGAAGAAACGUACAUACAUUCCUGCUUCUUAUCGCUUUAAGCGUUCACGGGACGUUUGAAGGUGUUGCACUGGGUGUCCAAUCCUCACAAUCAUCUCUUCUAUCGCUGUUUUUCGUAGUUGUCGUCCACAAAAGCAUCUUAGCCCUCAGUCUUGGGAUGAACGUCGCAACCGGUGACCUGUCAUUACCAUACAAAGUCAUCACCUGCGUAGUUUUUAGUCUAGCCGGUCCAGUAGGACAAGGUAUUGGCCUCCUGGUCACCAACGCAGACGGCGGUGGUCUCGUCACCGGCAUUCUGCAGGGGGUGGCUGCGGGAACUCUGCUUCAUGUCACGUUCAUGGAGGUACUUUCCAAAGACAUGAAAACAAGCGAUAUGCUAUCUACGCUGUCUGCCGUCAUUGGGUUCGCUCUCAUCGCAGGGUUGACUCUCUUGGAUUGAAAAACAUUCAUUCGAUAGCGUAUGGCAUUAACAUGCUCCAUUGCAACCAUUUAUGUAAUUGCGUUAUUCUUUCUUUUGUUUUGUUGAAGGACUUGUAAUAUAAACGACAGGAAUAUUCACCCUUGAACUUGAACAUAUGUCUCGAUAAAAACGCGAUGCCAAAAAUGUGUACAUGUGUAUUGUUUUAUUUAUGUAUUGUGUAAGUUCGAAUUCGUUCUUUUCAUACAUGUAAUUGGACUAAUCUUGAAUUAAGGAGUUAUGUAUGUAUCGUGAUGCAUGCACGUUUGCCUAAGGACAGCUGGUUAUGGGGUUAUGAGGAAUUUUGAGGAUGAUCGCUAACUUUUUAGGUAUUUUUCUCUGGGUAGUGUUUUUCAUUUUGAAGACAUUGCUCGUUUCCAUAACCCCUAUCACUCCCUUGUGCGUCACUUUUAAUUUAUUUGUUACGAUGUGGAUUUUAAUGAUUUGUUACACGGUGGUUUUUGCGACCACCGUGUAUCAUAGGCUUGUACUUCCAAGGAAGACCUACUUGUUCCAUUCGUUGUGAAUUAAGUAUAUGUAAUGUCAGGGAUUUUUAAAAAAAGGGACAACACUGUGUAGUUCAUAUCAUGAGAAUGGAAUUUUGCCUUGAAUUUCCUAUGCACUGGUUCUCAGGAAGAAGGACGUUUUGUCUGGUCAGUAUUUGUUUUUCUCACGGCAUAGCUACAGGUGGACAUCAUUACCUUCGUCAUUGUCGGCAGGAACAGUAAUGUAAUAGAAAUGCCAAAUAGCCAUACUCAUCUUUUACACCAACGGAAAGGAAAAUAAACCAAUUGUUAAUGAUCCAGAA